CCUUCUUUUUUGGCUCUCCCAAUCCCCGUCUUACACCGAUCUCUUCCAUCUCUCUCUCUCUCUCCCCCUCCCUCAUCGCGCUGCGGAACCCCUGCACCCAAAUCUCUCCGCGAAUUCCCUCGAUCUCGUAAUCCCUGUGUUGCUUCGUCUGCCUCCCCUAUCGAUCGAUCUAUUCCCCGAUCUCUACUUGCUCGUCGACCUCGGCCCGGCGCAGUUAGGGUUUCCCCUCGCGCUCUUGUAGGGGUAUCCAGCCCGCGGAAGGGGGAGCAGACGACGGAUCUGAAGGCCGGUCGAUCGUUGGGUUGUUGUUUGUUCUAGAGUUUGAUUCGGUGGAAUUGUAGACGGGUAGGGUGGAGGGGAAUUGAUGGUUUGCGGCGGCGGCGGCGGGGGGAUCGGACACGCCAAAACAGGGACGAUGAAAGGCUAUUCCAGGGCCGGAAAGUGAGGAGAGGAAAUUGCGGCGGCACAUGUGGCAGGUCUUUGCGCCCGGGACAGAAGCAUCGGCAGCAUCGUCAACAGCUCCUCCUCUUCUAGCUUUUGCGGAUAACCCCUCCUCGGAGUCAGAUUCCUCUCGGUGCUCGUGCGAUUCCUUCCUAAAGGUGUAAAAUUCUUCCGUGGUUUUGCUCUUUGCUGGCUGUCAAUGCACCACCUUUCCUUGUAGUAGCUCAUUGGUUUAUAGAAGGAAGGGGGGAUUACCUUUGUUUGUGUUAAUUGGCUUUGCUGACCAGCUGCACCAAAGGUGUAUUAGGUGAAAGCUGCUCCCAACAAAGCUUUUACUCAGUCCACAGAGUUGUGAUAUCUGCAGCUUCAUUGCUUUAUGUAUGUGAAGUUGCAUUUUUAUGCAAGUGCGUCGAGCUUCCAGCAGGGCUAUUUUCAUUUAUAUGCAGAUGAGAAAUGCCACUGCUGACAAUUGCUUGUGAUAGUUGACUGAUCAAGAUUAUAUUAAUGAAUGACAGGAGCAGCUUCUGGAUAAAACUCGAGUAGAAAUGCACACAGCACUUCAGUCAGGUGGGCGUUCUCCUAAACCACUUAAUGGUCCGUCCGGUGCACAACAGUUGAAAUCUGGUUCGGAGAGUGACCAUAAUACUGGCCCUUCUCUCCCGUCACACUCUAAGUCAAAAAAGAGGGACAGGAGUGAUCAGUGCACAGAGCCUAUCAAGAGAGAGCGGCCUUCUAAACCAGAUGAUGGUGAUUCUAUUGGCUUCAAGUCUGAUAACAUGAUCAAGGCAGAAAUAGUCAAAAUAACAGAAAAAGGUGGACUUGUAAGCUCCGAAGGGGUUGAGAAAUUAGUGUACUUAAUGCAGCUUGAUAGAACUGAGAAAAAAAUAGACGUUGCAAGUCGGAUAUUGGUGGCAGAUGUGAUUGCAGCCACUGAUCGAUAUGAUUGCCUUAACAGGUUUGUGCAGCUUCAGGGUGUGCCAGUCUUGAAUGAUUGGCUCCAUGAGGUUCACAAAUGUAAGGCUGGUGAUGCUAGUAAUCCUAAAGAAAGUGAUAAAGCUGUUGAGGACCUUAUCUUGGCUCUUCUUCGUGCACUGGCUAAAUUGCCUGUGAACCUUAAUGCUUUGCAGACUUGUAACAUUGGUAAAUCUGUGAAUCAUUUGCGGACCCAUAAAAACCCUGAGAUCCAGAAGAAAGCUAGGAGUCUUAUUGACACCUGGAAGAAACGAGUUGAUGCAGAAUUUGCAAAGAUCAGUGAUGCAAAAUCUGUUGCAUCAGGCCAACCUGUUUGGCAAGUCAAGCCAGGUUCUUCUGAUGUUUCUCAUGCAGGAAGUAGAUGUGCUGGAUCAACUGAUAUGACUUCAAAGAGCCCUGUAACUCCAACCACAUUGUGUAAAACUCUGCCUAGUAAGCCUGGACAUUCAGAUGUUAUUGUUAAGUCAGAAACGCAAGGAACUUUGAAAAUGGGUUCAACCUUAGUAACAUCUGUUCCAGCUGGCUCAAAGGAUUCACUUUGCAAAGCAUCUGCUAACACUGGGGCAGAGAUGCUGCCAACAGCAGUCAAAGAGGAGAAGAGCAGCAGUUCCAGUCAAUCUCAGAACAAUAGCCAGUCUUGUUCAAGUGAUCAUGCAAAAACAGUAGGUUCUUCAUGGAAGGAAGACACAAGGAGUUCGAGUGCUGGGUCAAUAAAUGCUACUAAGGUUGCUGGUGGUUCAUCUCGUCAUCGAAAAUCUAGCAAUGGGGUUAUAGGGACUAGUACUUCUGGAUCUCAGAAGGAAGCUAAUUCAAGUAAAUCUGGUUCUCUCUACAGGGCUACAGCAUUCGAAAAAUCAUCACAAUCAGGACUGACAUGUGACAACCCAAUUGAUCUGCCUGUUGUAGAUCAUGGGAAUAGCCACAAGCUCAUUGUCAGGCUUCCUAACCCUGUCCGGAGUCCUGCACGAAGUGCAAGCGGAAGUUCAUUUGAGGAUCCAUCAAUUUCGGGUAGUAGAGCAUCAUCUCCUGGGGUCUCGGACAAACAUGAGCCCAGUGAUCGUAGAGUAAAACUUCAUCUGCCUAGUACUGCCGCAGAUGCUAAAACAGAGUCAUGGCAGAGCAACGAUGUCAAGGAACUUCCUGUUGGAGUUGGAGGUGACAGAUCACCUGCAGCUGAUGAACACAUCAGGAAUGCUGAGAAGACUGGGAAGGCUAUAGAGGCUCCAAGAGCUGUAUGUUCAUCAUUUGGAAACGAAAAGGGAAUUCUCUGUACUGAAUCCAAGACGAGUUCCUUUAGCUCUAUAAAUGCCUUGAUUGAAAGUUGCGUCAAAUAUUCUGAAGCUAGUGCCUCGUUGGCUGUUGAAGAUGAUGGGAUGAAUCUACUUGCUAGCGUGGCAGCUGGAGAAAUCUCCAAGUCUGACUUAAUUUCUCCCACUGGCUCACCUGGAGCUUCACCUGCAACAGAGGACCCAUCAACAGAGGCCAAGUCAAGGUUAUCAAGUGAUGAUGAUGCAGCCCAGAGCCAUGUUAAAUUAGAUGAAGUCGCUGAUGCAGACUCUAUUAAGCAAGGUAAGACUGUUGGUUCUAUUUUAACUAGGGAUGUCUCGUACCUGGACGGGACCAACUUUUCACGAAAUAAUGGAACUGAUGUCUCCUUGGAAGGUAUUAACAUGACAGGUAUUCAUACUGAGCUAUCUCCUGCUGCUGUAAAUUCUCAUAAAGCUGAAGACUCCUGUGCUAAAUCGGAAUGGAAAGUUGAGGAAGAAAGAGAUGGAAAAUUUUCUGUUUUCAAACCAGCUGAAGUGGAUAAGCAUGAUAGUGAAGGAGCUUCCAUACUUGAGGAAAAGCAGAUGACGGAUAUGCAGGUUUUGGACCAUUAUACAGGUUGCAAGCUUAAAGAAACAAGCUUAUCAGCAGAGGAAAGCAAACCUAUUGAAUAUGCUCAUCAGAAGAUUGAAGAUGGCAGCAUAUGUACCUCUGAAAUUGUUUGCAAUGAUGGAGAUGACCUUGACAUUGCUGUUUCAGGUAUUAAAUCAGAAAAGCUGGUUGUUGAGGAAUCCCAAUCAUGUCCUACAGCAAAAAGAAUACCUGAGGAUGCAACUUCGUCUGACCAGCAGCAACAUCUAAGGACAGAGUCUGCGGAGAGAAGUGUGGAUGCUGGUAUUUCAUUGGAUUCUCCUGAUGUUACUUCAUCUAAAGAUCCUGAUAAGUCUAGGAUUUGUAAGCCUGAUGACCUGAGUGUCAGUCACUUGGAGUCGAAUGAUAAACAGGGGAACAACAGCCUCAACUCAUCUAAGCUUGACGAAUCAGUUAGACCUGCAAUCAGCUCCUGUGGUGCUGCUGUGGUAGUUGAAGACUUGAAAGUAAAGGAGUCUCAUAAAAGUUCAAGCAUGGAAUCAGCCAGUCAAGAACCACCAUCGAGUUUUACAGCCCAAGAGACUGAGCGUCGAUCAAAGUCUGCUGGUCCUAGGGUAUCUGGGGCUGUUGCAGAUGUGCAGGAGGAUCUUGCAUCAUCUGUAGAGGCCUCUUCAUUGGCUGUUGAAGCUGCUGUAGAUGUUGCCAGUAAGCUUGACUUUGAUUUGAAUGAAGGCAUCAUUGGAGAUGAUGGAAACCAAUUUGAGACUGCUGUCUCAGUUUCAACUGUAUGUUCCUCUACAGUUCAUUUGCCCAACCUGUCUCCUUUUGCAAAUUCCACAUCAACCGGUUUGCCUGCUCCAAUUACAGUAGCUGCACCAGCAAAAGGACCUUUCGUUCCACCUGAAAACUUACUUAGGAGCAAGGGUGAACCUGGAUGGAAAGGCUCAGCUGCCACUAGUGCUUUUCGACCAGCGGAACCACGAAAAGUUCUGGAGAUGCCACUUAAUACUCCUGGAAUGUUGUCACCAUCUGAUUUUGCAGGGAAGCAGUGUCGUCCUCUGCUUGAUAUUGAUCUGAAUGAACCUGAUGAGGGAGUUCUUGAAGACAUGGCCAACCUGAGCUCUGCUAAGACCAUGGGCUCUGAAUCUGGGACAACAAGUAAUCUUGAUGCAUCCCCUCGAAUUUCUGGGGGACUUGAUCUUGAUUUAAAUAGAGUUGAUGAAGGUAUGGAAAAUGGCCAGUUCUUAGCGAGUGCCUCCCAUGGAAUGGCGGUGCCACUUUUAUCUGUAGGACCAGCAUCCGCAGAAUUUCCUAAUAGGGAGUCCAAUAUGUUAAGGGACUUUGAUUUAAAUAAUGGACCGGGCCCUGAAGAACUUUGUUCUGAACCUAUAACUAGGAGUCAAAAUACAAAAAACACUAGUAGUGUGCCAUUCUUACCUCCAGUAGCCAAUGUUAGGAUGAAUGCUGUUGAAGCAGGAAGUGUGUCAUCAUGGUUUCCUCCUGGUAGUUCCUAUCCUGCUGUUGCUAUACCAUCCUUCUUGUCGAACAGAGGAGAGCAGCCUUACCCAAUUGUUGCAGCACAAGGAGCACAAAGAAUUUUGGGGCCAGUUACGGCUAGUGGCCCCUUUGGGGGUGAUGUUUACAGGGGUCCUGUGCUUUCAUCAUCUCCAGCCAUGGCGUUUACUCCAGCAUUUCCUUAUGCUGGUUUCACUUUUGGCUCCAAUUUUCCGCUUGCGUCAAACUCAUAUUCAGGUGCUUCAGCAUCCUUUGUUGAUUCGUCUGGCGCUAGUUCAGGUUUCCCUGCCAUUCCUUCCCCACUUGUUGGACCUGCUGGUGCCAUUUUGUCAAAUUAUCCAAGGCCUUAUGGUAUAAACCUUCCGGAGGGUGGUGCUAUUGGUGGAUCUAACAACACUCGGAAAUGGAUUUCGUCGGGUCUUGAUCUAAAUUCAGGUCCAGGAAAUGCAGAUAUGGAAGGGAAAGAUGAGAGGCUGCCUUUGGCAUCGAGACAACUCCUAGUUGCAACCUCCCAGGCUUUCACGGAGGAGCAGCUACGAAUGUAUGCAGUGGUGCCGGGUGGGGGUUUGAAGAGGAAGGAGCCUGAAGGGGGUUGGGAUGCAGACAGAUCUGCUUACAAGCAACUCUCAUGGCAGUGAAGAGAGAUUAGAAGCAGGAAAUCAUCAGUAGCAUCUGAAUACGGAGUAUGUGGGAAUCCUCUUUUUAUCGGCCUGCGUGCUAAAUUAUGCUCACAAACCCACAUGCCACCUGAUGAAUCUCAAGUAUCAUGUGGAAAUCUUUCAGAGGGUGCCCGAAUUUGCUAUCUUUCAUGUACAUGUUGAGAUAUGAUGCUUUCUUGAAACAAUUUUCAUCGAUUCAGCAGUUCUUUUGUAUGGCAUUUCUUUAAGCAUGUUCAAGUUCUGAGGAUAUCUUCAGAGGGUGGUGACAGAACAUUGUCCAGUCUUUCCCACUCAUCAUCUCUUCCACCAGGGCUGCUGGAAUCAGGUGCUUUCUUCUCUUGAAGGCGUUAAUGUAAUCUGCCCGUCUUUCCCACUCAUCAUCUCUUCCACCAGAGCUGCUGCAAUCAGGUGCUUUCUUCUCUUGAAGGCGUUAAUGUAAAUCCGCCCGUGGCCGGUUGGCAGUUCCUGCAGCUUAAGAUCUGCCUUUGCUGCUCCAGAGGGUCUGGGGACUUUUGCAUUUGGUGAAUGCUCAGACAUCACCAUCCGUUGCUUGUAUUUAGUUUUCAUGAAUUGUGUCAUCAUAAAAUUCCAUUCUCAAGUUUUGUCACUCGAAAACUUUGUUGAGCAACCGCGGUGGCCUGAGUUGUGAAGCUUAUGUUUCUUGCUUCUGACCUCUCUAUUCUUUCCUUGCCCUAUCAAUCCGAUGCCAUGGGUGGAUGUGAAUGAUAGAAUCCAUUCUGCCA